GCCAGUUCGGGAGAAACCUCUGUGCGGUGUGGCUGCGCCAGCUCUCGGCUUGUUUCGAGCUCCGAGUCGGAGUUUUUGCGAGUGGUGCGGCCGACGCGUGCCCGCGUGAGCACCAAUGGUGAUUUUGGACACGUCCUCGUUCCGCAGCAGCAUGUUGACGAACGGAUCCCACCAUUACAUCCAGCCGGAUCCGUUUGUGCCCAUCUCCGGAGCGAUGGAUGCGAAGUCCUCGCCGCUGGCGAUGCUGCAGCGGACCUGCUCUCAGAUCGGUGCCGACACCACCGCCACCAAACCGCUCAUCACCGCCGAAAAGAAACGUGACGACAAGAAGGAGGCCUCCUCCUCUCCGGCGGCCGCCGCGCCCGCGGUGGCGCCCGCCGCCGCCACCACCGCGCCGGCAGAGAAACCCACCUUCAAGCCGUACGAUCUCGAUAGGAAGGAUCCUCCCGCACCGGCACCUCGUGCGGAGGAUCCGCCGAAGGAGAGGAAGAGCCCCGGCAGGUCUCCGGAGAGCAGGAAGACGCCCAAGAGCGACUCCUCGACGGCGUCCGGGUCGGGCACGAGCCCCAUCACCCGGCCCGGCGCCGAGGUGCUGGCGGGCGUCGGAUCCAAGGACCUGGCCGGUCUGGGGCUGCACAAGCCGGGCGCGCUGCCGAUGCCGCUGCCGCCGUACCUGCCGGGCGCGGACGCGGCCUCGGCGGCCCUGCGGCCGACGCUGCCUGGACUGCCGGGACUGUACUCUCAGUCGGGUCUGUCGGCGGCCUCGUACCUCGGUCUCCCUCCUCACCGGCCCGGAGAGAAGUGUGCGAGCCCGUACUGUCCGUGCGCCUACAGCAGCUCGGCGCACGGCUACGGCGCGCCCUGUCCGGCCGGCUGCACCCAGUGCGAGCACGCCAAGUCGCUGAGCUCCGCUCUGCACGGCUCGCCGUACCUGGGUCUGGGUCUGAACCCGUUCUAUCCGCCGACCAGCCUGGGGUUGGGUCUGCCCACCGCGCCAGGCGCCGCCUCCGCCGGAGCUCAGCCCAUCGUCUGUAGCUGGAUGGCCGAGGGACGCUACUGUGGCAAACGCUUCGCCAGCACAGAGGAGCUCAUGCAGCACCUGCGCACCCACACGAACCUCUCCGCCAGUGACUCGGCGCUGUCGCUGCUGCACCCGGCCUACCAGGCGUCGCUGCUGGGCGCGCACCGCUCGCCGUUCGCCGUACCUCCUUCCUCGCUGUCGCCACUAUCGGCGGCGAGGUACCACCCGUACCCGAAGCCGCCCUCGUCGCUCGGCCUGGGCGCCCCGCACCCGAGUCUGGCCGCGUACGCCGCUUACUCGCCCUACGGAGCCCUGUAUGCCCGGCCACCCACGAUGCCCUGAAGGAUGUCGCCAAGGACAUCCCCCAGGCGCCUUGCACGUUCGCCGUGAGCAUUGGCGGCCUCAGAGGAGGGGGCUCUGAAGACGCGAACCAGCGCGGCGCCUGGGACAUCACUCGGGGUUCACAUGCUCGAAGUAGUGCCUGUGGCUCUUGUGGAGCUAGCUCGUUGGUGUUCACGUGAUGGAAAGUUUGGGGAGCUCUAAAGUCGCCCCAAACGUGGUCUCGUUCUCAUCUGGUUCAGCUGGCGAAUAAGUGCGGGUCCAAGCGCGGUGAAUCGUGCUUGGUACCGCGGGAGCCCUGACGAUUGUGUCCUCUGCUCAGUGGCAACUGUGCAAGGCGUUUGGGGGAGGGGAUCAGAGGGGGAGCCCCUUUCGGGCCCGCUGUGACACCCGUCACCGACGGUAAAAUGUCAGUCAGAUUGUGAUAUGCCCGUUUUCAUUGUGAUACUGAUGUGUUUGCUAGUGCUAAGAGUGUGUCAUUAUCGUUACCAUUGUGCCGGGUUGUACUCGUGUCUAUCUUGACCUGACUUUGACGCCGGCUCUGGCGGGUGCGAACGCUGCGAUUUCGUUGGAGCGCUCACGAUGUAUUCAGACAUUGUUACGUGUUCUCUUGAGUUUAUUGUCGCGUGCUGAUGUGUGCUGGGCUGCCGCAUGCCUUCCGACCGACCCAGUUCUGCGCUCUCGAGUCGCUCGUGCGCGGCUCGACGCGGGCGCCUGGUGCAACUGUAAAUAUCACCCUAACUUAUUGCUGCUGAAUAAAUCAAAUCGUGAAAA